AUGAAUCAGGUUGAUAAUUAUGAAUAUUUUUGUCAUAGUUGUGAAGAUGUAAAAAGAACAAGUGAUGUUGAAAUUAUUUGUGAUGGCGAAUUAAAAUGUAAAAGUUGUAACAAUGUUGGGUUUGUAGAAAAAAUUGAUGAAGACGACCCAGUUAGUUUUCAUUCGGUUAAUAAUAGUAGGGAUAGUCGAUCAAAUGCCAACAACAGUGAUCAAAACAGUCCAAAUAAUUCCAAUAGGAAUAGUAGUAACACUAGGAGUAGUAAUGAACAUAGAAAUAGUAGUAGCCAUAUUGGGGGUAACAGAAGUAAUGGGAAUUAUCGAAUUGAAUUUACAAAUAGUGGUAAUGCAUUUAAUCCAAAUGACAAUAUUUUUAGUGAUAUGAUGUUUUUCCGAAAUAUGUAUCAACAAAUAUAUAGCACCGGAUUUCGAACCGUUGAUGGUAAUAUAAAUUUUACUUCUAAUUUUGAACCCUCAACGAAUUCUAAUAGACCUAAUGAAGCUAGUACCGAAAAUAAUAAUGGCAACAAUGCCCGAAAUAGUGGCAAUGGGAACCGAAAUGAUUGGUUUAGUCGAGUUUUCUUUGGAACAAACUCGAGGCCAUCCAAUCUAAGUAGCAACAAUACUUCAAAUAAUAGUAGUAGCAAUAAUGAUAAUAAUAAUAAUGAUGGUAGCGGUGCUAGCCAAAACAACAAUACUCGAAAUAUACGAAAUCCGAGAAUUGUUACUCGAGCUAUAGAUAUAACUAAUAUACCAUUAAAUUCGCCGAUUCGAUUAAAUUUUCAUGAUAUAAUUGAUAAUAUUUUAACAAAUUCAUUUGAUAAUAUUUCUUUAGAUCAAGUAUUAACAAUAAUUAUGGAGAGUGAUCCAUCUAGAAAUGGUCCACCUCCAGCAUCUGAGGAAAUUAUCAAAAAUUUAAAAGUCGAAAAAUUAACACUUGAAAGAGCUCAAGAAUUAGAAUCUUGUGCUAUAUGUAGAGAAGAAUAUAAAGAAAAUGAUGAGGUUCAUAGGAUAACAGAUAAUGAACGUUGUAGACAUGUUUUUCAUUGUGAUUGUAUUAUUCCAUGGUUAAAGGAAAGAAAUUCAUGUCCUACUUGUCGUUUUGAAUUACCAACUGAUGAUCAAGAAUAUAAUUGUAAAAGAGAAGAAUUAAGAGAGCGAAUAAAUUCGGAAAUAUCUCGAAAUAAUUCUCUUAAUAAUUCGAAUAAUAAUUCGAAUAAUGUUGAUGUUGGUCAGGAUGAAAAUGGGACAAGUACUAACAACGAGGAAAGGAACGAUAGAAAUGAAGGAGAAGAAAAACCAGAUAAUGAGAAUGAGGAAAGAACAGAUAAUGAAAGCAGGAAUAGAGAAACUAAUGAGAAUGGAGAUAGAACGGGUUCUAGAAAUCGAAGAGGAAAUGAAUCAGGGAGUCGAACAGAGACAAGAUAUUUACAAUUUGGUGAUGAUAGUGAUUUAAAUGGAUUGGGUGAUUUUACAGCAAUGAAUACGUCAUCAAUUAUACAGAAUAUUUUUAAUAAUUUUAUAAAUGGAACAAAUAGUGAUGGUUCAGGAGUAAAUAGAAUAUUUUUUCCACAACAAGGAUCGAAUAGAAAUGGUAACCGAAAUUCAGAUGCAAGAAAUAUUUUUGAAGAAAGUCAACGUCGACCUGAACAUGUUAUUGUUAAUAUAACUAGUUCAAUAGAUGAAAUAAAUGGACUUCCAACUAAUGAUAAUAAUAAUUUUCAAAAUACUGGAACAAACGAAGUGAAUAAUAAUCGAGAGUGUGGAACUGAUAAUGGAAAUAGUAAUAGUACAACUAAUAGGAAUGGAUCUAACGAAAGAAAUACUUCGCAAGGUCGAGAUAGCGCGAGUAGUGCACCACAUAUAGGAGAAAAUAUAUUUGGGGGAUCAAAUUUUUUUUCGAGCUCAAAUUUAUCAGGAUUACAAAAUUUAUUUGAUGGUAAUAAUUUAUUUGACACUGCAAGUGUAAUUAUAACAAAUAUAAGUAAUCAUAAUAAUCCAUCAAGUUCUAUAAAUUCGGGUUCGAUGCGUUUUCCAAAUGUUUUUAAUAAUAUAAAUGAAUUUUGUGCUAAUAUUAGUAACUUACAUGGAGAAAGAAAUGGAUCAGUUUCAUCUCCUACCGAUUCUAACAAUAAUCAAGCUAGUAAUACAAAUAAUAAAGAAGGGCCAAAAAAUAGUUCUGAUGAGUCAGGAAAUAAUAAUAAUAAAAAUGGCACAAAAAAAAUAGAAAAAAGGAUAUAUGAAAAGGUGCAACCAUCAUAUAACGAUAGAGAUAAUAAUAAUAGUAGUGGGAGUAGGAGGAGUAGAAAUGAUGAUACAGAAGAAGAAAUAACCCGAAAAAAAUCGAAAAACUGUGAAAACUAUGAUGAAGAAAAUAAAUAUACUGAAAUGAAUAGGAGCACUAAUAGGGAUAAUAAUAAUAAUAAUAAGGAGGAUGAACAGAAUGAAAAAUCAAAUACGAUGGUAACGAAUAGUACUGAAAAUAAUGAAGAGAACGGUGAUAAUAAUAGUGAUUGUAAAAAUCCAGAAAAACAAAAAACUGUUAAAAAAUAUAUAUUUAAUAAAUUUAAUUGGUUAAAAAAUUAUGAUAAUAAAGAAAAGAAGAAAAAAAGUGAAAAGAAUAGUGAUAAUACAGAUCCAAAUAUAAUACAAGAUGAUGAUAUAAAUUAUAAGAAUGAAAAAGAAUCGAAUACAAUUGAGUCAGAGACAUUGGGGAAAGAUAAUAAGUCAGGGUAUUCGGUGCAAGACUGUGGAAAUGAAGAAGCUAAUAGGAGUGAUACUAAUUUUCGGGGAAAAGGAAAAGAGGAAGUUAAUGAUAUGAAGGAAAAUAUUAGCAAUGAUUAA